AUGCAAUUAUAUAUUUCGAAAAAGCAUUGAGUAUAAAUCCAUUACAUAUUAAUUCAUUGCGUGGAAAAGGUAAAUUUAAUAUAUUUUAAAGGCCAUUGCCUAAGAGGGAUGAAUUAAUUUUAAUAGGCACUUGAAUGGUAUCAAAAAGCAUUGGAUAUAAAUCCAUAAGACAUUAAUACAUUAUAUGGAAAAGGUAAAUUUAGUACAUGUAAUUAAAGGUGAAAACCUAAGAUUGAUGAAUGAAUUCUAAUAAGCAUUUGAAUGGUAUCAAAGGUAUUGGAUAUCAGCCCAUAGAACAUUGAUUCAUUAAGAGGAAAAGGUAAUUUAAUUAUACUUUAAAGGUCAUUGCCUAUAUUAGAUGUGUAAUUAUUAAUAAGCGCUUGAAUGGUAUCAAAAGGUAUUGGAUAUAAAUCCAUAAGACAUUAAUGCAUUAUAUCGAAAAGGUAAAUUUAGUACAAUUAAUUAAAGGUGAAUGUCUAAGAUUGAUGAAUUAAUUCUAAUAAGCAUUUGAAUGGUAUCAAAAAGUAUUGGAUAUCGACCCAUAAAAUAUUGAUUCAUUAAGGGGAUAAGGUAAAUUUAAUAUAAUUUUAAAGGUCAUUGCCUAAGAGAGAUGAAUUAAUUUUAACAGGCACUUGAAUGGUACCAAAAAGCAUUGGAUAUAAAUCCCUAGGACGUGAAUACAUUAUAUGGAAAAGGUAUAGCUUUAUUGAAUAUUUAGCUUAAUGCUUAAUUUUAUUUGGUUAAUACGAAAAUGCGCAAUAACUUUUGGUUGACUCUAAUUUAUAAUUGCCAAAUAAUGAAUUGAUUGAAUAAUUGUCAAGUAUAUCUACCUAAUGA